AUGGCAUCUCGUCUCCUCGUCCCGCGAUUCUCCUCCGCUUCGAGAUCGAUCAGAGCUUCUGCCAUUCCGUCCAGAUCCUUCCAGACAUCGAGCAGACGGCUGCAAGAGAUUGCCGCAACCCCUGUAAAGAAGCCCGUGGGAGCUUUCAGAGGAGGACUCUUUGGAUUCCUGCUUGGGUCUACACUUGCUGGCGCUUCGGUAUACUACUACAUUCUCGAAGAGUACAAGGUCUCCAACGAGCUGUUGACGGAAGAUAUCUAUGCUCUCCAAGCAGCAGUGCAACGGAUCCACUCCUACGUGACGGAGCUCGACAACAAGAUGGCGCAGAUGAAGAAAUGA